UUUCAUAUUUUCUUACCUCUUCCAAUAAUUUUUCCUUCAAUUUUUUCAAUAAUUUUCAAAUGGCCUCAUUUGCAAUGAAAGGUAGGGUUUAGACCCGAAAAGAAGAUGAAGCUCUUUGCAUGGCUUAUAGAUGGGUCUUGGAAGAUAGUGUAAGGGGGAGUUCUUAAACAAGUGAAAGUGUUUGGACUCGUGUGUCCAAAAAAAUAAUAUGAGUUCUAUGAAGGCACCACUCCAUCGAAUACCCGAAACCACGAGAGUUGUUCUUCAAGAUGAAAAAAACAUCUUCAUCCAAGUUUGAAUGAAUGACAUCAAGCAUUGUUAGCAGCCGCAAGUAGAUAUGAAAGCGGCGCCAAUUACUACGACGAAGUACUCAAAGCGGAGGAAUUGUAUAUGAAGGGCAGCUCGAAACCCUUUUAGCAUCAUGGUUGUUGGGAAAUUUGUAAAAUGUGGGUGUUAUUUGAAGAUCCACCUCAACAUAGAGCAGGUCCUGCGCCGGUGUUCGAAAUUGCAUCCUCAACUGUAUAUGUGGAUGAAGAUGGAUCUCCUACCAUUCAAGAAACAAGGGUAGAAAAUUUGUCUUUGGGCAAAGGUUUCAUACCUAGGGCUAUGAGAGGAAACAAGGCCCGAAGAUUGAUGGAAAAUGGCAAGGCAAAGGAUGAUUACGCCGCUCAACAGGAAGUGGCGGCCUCAUUGCGAUUAAUGGUGGAGCAAAAUGCCUUUGCUGUGGAAGACAUGAACCGUAGGCAUGAAGAACAGGCCAAACAAAUACAAGAAGAGAUGGAUGAUAGGAAUAUGCAAAGCAACACUUCGGAUUACACUCCAAUGAGUAAGGCCUAUUUUGAUAAAAAAAAGAGGGAAAUUAUGGCCCGACGGCAGUUGUUUACCUUCAACUAUACUCCUACAAUGGUGGAUGAUGAAGAUGAUGUUGAUCAUGGACUUUAAAUUUAAGUUGUUAUAGUUUUUAAAUUUCAAUUGUAGUUUUUAAAUUUAAGUAAUAAAUUAUGUUUGGCCCUAUGAUCCUUGGCCCUUGGUUGGAGAUGAUUUUUUAUCACAUGACUAUGUUUAGCUCUUGAUUGAAGAUGGUAAGAAAUACAACUUUG